AUGACGGCGACGCGAUGGACGCCGCGCGACGCCGGCGGCGAAGCGACCAUCGCGACCUGGAACGACGAGCCCGAGGAUGAGGAGGAGGAGGAGAAUGAGACCGCGGCCGCGGCGGAGUCGUCGUCGUCUUCCGAAGACGACGACGCCGGCAUGCGCGUCGCGGCGCUGCCCGCGGACGGCGACCCAGACUUCGACUCCGGCCCUCCGAUGGACGGCCUGGAGUACCUCCGACGUGUGAGGCACGAGGCGAAGCAGGUACCGGACGUGAUGGUGUCGUCCUCGAUGCCGCCGGAGUCGCGGUCGCGGUCGUCGACGUCGACGUCGGCGUCGGCGUCGCUCGAUCGAAGGCGCGAACUCGCGGCGGCGUCCGCGUCGCGUAAAGGGAGCCAGCUGUCGCGCGCGCAGCGUAACGCCGCGUGCGUGCCCGCGCCGCCGCACGCGAUCAUGGACCGCGCGUGGCGCGACGCGUUCCUCGCGGACUUUUCGGACGUCCGAGCGGCGAUGACGCGCGCGAUGGCGCGGCUCGGGAACGACGGCGGCGGCGGCGACGGCGCGCGCGCGGCGGCGGCGGCGGCGACGAAGGCGUCGGACGCGGCGCUGGCGGGCGAAGACGACGACGACGAGGUCGUCGUCGACGACGAGGUCGUCGUCGACGACGACGACGACGGUUCAGGGGAUGGACAUUCGCCGCAUUGGUUCGCGCACGAGAGUCUCCUGCUCGAGAUCGACGACCUCACGAGCGCGGCGUUGUUGCGCGAGCACGCGCGCGCGAUCGAAGCGUCGGUCGACGACGACGACGACGACGACGACGACGGCGACCGCGACGGUUCGUCCCCUGAACCGUCGCCGAUAUCGUUCUCGCGACGCCGCGCGGCGUGGUUCUUCGCGCUGUCCGCGCGCGUGGGCCUCCCCCUGGACGCGGAGACGUCCGCGGCGAUCAGAGCCGCGGCGAAGGCGCUGUCCAAGUUGCGCGCCUCGACGCGACGCGCGACGGAUCCGUCGUUGCCGCGGCUGCAGGUGUGCUACGCCAUUGCGGGGAGGUACUUCGGGCAGGGCGAGCCGGAGUGA